CUCACAGAACACUUCUAAGUAUAGUUGAAGAUAUAAUAAUAUGAAUACGGCAACAAUAACCAAAAUGUUGUUUAUUUCUUUUGCUUUCCUUUCAAGUGCAUUUCUAGCCAGAUCUGGAGAAGUUGAUGAUGAGAGUGAGUUUAGUUACGACGAAAACGCGGAGAAUGGACCAGCUAACUGGGGCAAUAUUCAUCCAAAUUGGAUCAAAUGCAAAACUGGAAAAAUGCAGUCUCCAAUUGAUUUUCCAAACAAUAAGGUUGAGAUUGUUUCGAAUUUAGGAAUACUUCAAAAAUCAUACAAACCAUCAAAUGCCACUCUCUUAAACAGAGGCCAUGAUAUAAUGUUGAGAUGGGAUGAUGGAGGAUUUUUGAAGAUAAAUGGAACUCAAUAUCGACUUAAACAAGUUCAUUGGCACACACCUUCUGAACAUACUAUCAAUGGGAAAAGGUUCGAUAUGGAGGGUCAUUUGGUACAUGAAACGAAUGAUGGGAAGACUAUUGCUGUAAUUGGAAUCCUUUACGAGAUUGGAUUAUUUCCUGAUCUCUUCCUAACUAUGAUAGAGAAGGAUUUAGAAGCUCUUAGACUUGCAGAUCAAAAAGCCAUUGGAAUUAAUCAUCCAAAUCUAAUAAAAAUAGAUGAAAAAAGAUAUUACAGGUAUAUGGGCUCCUUAACAGUACCGCCUUGCACUGAAAAUGUUAUUUGGACUAUUGACGGAAAGACUAAAACUGUAACCAGACGACAAAUUCAACUGCUCCGAGAUGUUGUUCAUGAUGGAUUUGAAUACAAUGCCAGGCCAAUUCAACAAUUAAAUGGACGUACUAUCAAAUUAAACAAACCUUGGCUUUUUGCUUAAUUUAGGGAGUGUUUAAUAACCUUCAUCUAUCUUUUAUUAAUAAAUCGGUAGGGAUCUUGUCAAAUCCUCCUUUAUUAGUAGUAAGUUUAUUUUAAUAAAAUACAUAAAGCUGUUAUAAUAACGGUGUUUAGAACUAGGAAUAAACAUGAUUUUAUGUUACAAAUAAUUGUAUCAUAAGUAUCUCAGUGUAUCAAUUGUAUCAGUAAUAAGGAGUAAUAUGUUGUGUGUAUGUUAUGUACGUGUGUAGGCAAGUUAAUUUGUUGGUGCGUCAUUGUGAAAUUAAUUAGCAAAAUACAUCAACAACUUUGGAAAAAAUUAGAAAAAUAUUUAUCAACCUUUUCAACUUUUUUUAAGUAAUGUUAUUAGAUUCCUUUAAUAGACUUAAUUUAACAAAAAUAUGGAAUGGAUGCAAAAGAAAUCAUUUAUUAGAAUUCCUUUAAUAGACUUAAUUUUACAAAAAUAUGGAAUGGAUGCAAAAAACCAGAAUCAUUUAUUAGAAUUCCUUUAAUAGAGUUAAUUUACAAAAAAUAUGGAAUGGAUGCAAAAGACCAGAAUCAUUUAUUAGAAUUCCUUUAAUA